GAAUCGUAAUACCUUAGAUUUUCUCUUCUUAACUAGGUCUAGUUUAAAUGUAAAACAUUUUCGUUUUGUAUAAGCUGGUUGUUACACUCAAAAUUUCAAUGUCGUCUGUUUUAGUAAAUAGGAUUUUAAGCGUGGGCGGCUCUAGCGGAUCGCUGAGUCGCUUGCAGCCGCAUGUGAACCAGUUAAGUGCUCCUCCAACUACCUUCAGGGCGAACCAAACUCAAGCCGCCGAAAAGCAGCAGCAGACCUAUGAAGAACCUUACGUGAUAUUCCGAAGCUGGCUGAUCGCUGCCCAAAAGCAUGCGCCGCAGGUGCGUCCACGCCUGGCCUGUAUGGCCACCGUCGACAAAGCCGGUGAGCCUGUGACCCGUUUGACGUGCAUCGAGGCUGUUACCCCCGAUGGAAUCACGUUCUUUACGACGCUGGGCAGCCGCCAAGCGGGCGAGAUUAGCGCCAAUCCUCAUGUGUCGCUUCACUUUAAUUGGGCGCCUCUCAUGCGCAGCGUGCGGAUCUCUGGUACCGCUCACCAGUUGUCUGAUGCGCAGGCUAUAGACCAGUUCCGCCGAUAUCCCCGCCACGUCCAAAUGAGCAUUGCCUACGGACCACGCUAUGCGGCGGCUGAUUGGCGCAAUCGCUCUGGGUUCUUUCAACGGAUCGCCCAUGGCCUGAAAAACUUGUUUGGAAAGCCACCGGAGGAGAUACCCAUGCCGGCAAACUGGGGCGGCUACUUGCUGACGCCCAGUCUAUUUGAGUUCGGGAUGCUCAGCGGUCCAAAGGCUGCGCGAACCCGAGUGCGCUUUCGGCGAUGCCUUGAGAUGCCAAGGGGAACCAGGAUGGCCACCGUACAGGCGGAGCGAACGGAUUGGGUCUAUGAUUCCAUGGAGGAAUGUGAUUGAUGAAGAAAUUGCAAAGCUGGAAAUUUAUUUGGGAUUAAUAAAUAAAUUACAGGAAACUUUGAUAACUAAAAUUAAAAAAAAUUAACAA